GGGAGCUGUCGUCGGCGAUGCCCGAAGCUGUCCCAGGUGGUUCCGGAAAUACCCGAACGUUUCCGGAGAGACCCGAUUUAGGCCAGAGCCGCCUCGGAUCUUUCCGAGCCUCCCCGAUCCUUUCCCGGAGACCCCCGAAGCGGGGCCGGAACUGCCCGAAGCUGCCUGGCCCCGGCCUUGCGUGAGGAGGAGGAGGCGGCGGUGGCGCGGCGGAGCGGGAGGAGAUGAAGAGCGGCCGGGAGCGGGGCUAGCGAGGGGCUGAGCGGAGCCGGACGGAACCCCCCCCUCCCCCAUCGCGCGGCGGGGCCAUGGCGGCCAAUAUGUACCGGGUGGGGGAUUAUGUCUAUUUUGAGAAUUCCUCCAGUAACCCCUACCUCGUCCGGCGCAUUGAGGAGCUCAACAAGACAGCCAAUGGCAAUGUGGAGGCAAAAGUGGUGUGUCUCUUCCGGCGCCGGGACAUCUCCAGCAGCCUCAACAGCCUGGCUGACAGCAACGCUCGUGAGUGCUGGGGCCCAUCCCCAUCGCUCUACUGGCAGGCCUGGGGCCUCUGGGGACCUGUGUCCCUCCCCAGGGCCGUCGGGACCUUUGCUCGAGCUCUGGACUGCAGCAGCUCCAUCCGGCAGCCCAGUCUGCACAUGAGCGCAGCUGCCGCCUCCCGGGACAUCACACUGUUCCACGCCAUGGACACGCUGCAGCGGAACGGCUAUGACCUGGCCAAGGCCAUGUCGACGCUGGUGCCCCAGGGGGGCCCAGUGCUGUGCCGCGAUGAGAUGGAGGAGUGGUCAGCCUCGGAGGCCAUGCUCUUUGAGGAGGCGCUGGAGAAGUAUGGCAAGGACUUCAAUGACAUCCGACAGGACUUUCUGCCCUGGAAGUCCCUGGCCAGCAUUGUGCAGUUCUACUACAUGUGGAAAACCACCGACCGCUACAUCCAGCAGAAAAGGUUGAAGGCCGCUGAAGCUGAUAGCAAACUGAAGCAGGUCUACAUCCCUACUUACACUAAACCUAACCCCAAUCAGAUCAUCUCGGUGGGCUCCAAACCUGGCAUGAACGGGGCUGGCUUCCAGAAGGGGCUGACCUGUGAAAGCUGCCACACCACCCAGUCAGCACAGUGGUAUGCCUGGGGCCCGCCCAACAUGCAGUGCCGCCUUUGUGCCUCUUGCUGGAUCUACUGGAAGAAAUACGGGGGACUGAAGACCCCGACACAGCUGGAGGGAGCUGCCCGCAGUGCCACGGAGCCGCACUCCAGGGGCCACAUGUCAAGGCCAGAAGCCCAGAGCCUUUCUCCUUAUACGACCAGCGCCAACCGGGCCAAGCUGCUGGCCAAGAACCGCCAGACUUUCCUGCUGCAGACCACCAAGCUGACCCGCAUUGCCCGCCGCAUGUGCCGCGACAUCCUACAGCCACGCCGUGCUGCCCGGCGCCCCUAUGCCCCUAUCAAUGCCAACGCCAUCAAGGCUGAGUGCUCGAUCCGGCUACCCAAGGCAGCCAAGACCCCACUGAAGAUUCACCCCCUGGUGCGACUGCCGCUGGCCACCAUUGUUAAGGAGCUGGCUGCGCAGGCCCCUCUGAAACCAAAAACGCCACGUGGCACCAAGACGCCCAUAAACCGGAACCAAAUGAGCCAGAACCGGGGCCUGGCUGGCAUCGUGGGCAAGAGGGCGUACGACAGCGUGGCAGGGAGCGGGGUCCCGUUUUCGGCCAAUGGCCGGCCCAUGACCUCAGGGAUGCGGUCGAGUGCCCAGCCAGCUGUCAAGCGUCAGAAGCUGAACCCAGCUGAUGCCCCCAACCCUGUUGUCUUCGUGGCCACUAAGGACACCAGGGCGCUGCGCAAGGCUCUCACCCACCUGGAGAUGCGCCGAGCUGCCCGUAGGCCCAACCUGCCACUCAAGGUGAAGCCAGUGCUGCCCAUACGGCCUGUGAUAGCGCCGCUGGUGCCGGGGCCCCCAGCCCACCCUGCCAGCACCAGUGAACCCAUCAUCCUGGAGGACUGAGCCCAGCCCCUCUUCCCAGAGCCGCACCUCCGCCAUCUCCAGAGCCUGUAUGCAUGGCAAGCUGGGCUGCAGCGUCUGGUUCCACGUGUCCCCCAUGGGGGGCUCGCCUGGCCCCCUGAGGGAUCAGCCCAGGGGUGUGAGGAGCAGGGGUGUGGCUUCCACUAUUUUUAAAUAUUUUUUUAUUUCCACAAACUCCCCCUCCCUCUUCAGGGCUGGGGUGUUUGUGUCAGGAUCGUGGGGAGUCAGGGGCUCCGUCUGCCCCCUCUCCCCAAAUGCAGUUAACUACUUGUCUUUCCUUGUUUCCCUGUGUUGGGUCUGCUGUCUCUGCUCAUUUCCUACAAGCCACAACUCUGCCCCCCCCCCCGAGCCCAUGUCCCCACCUGGGCCCAGCUCCCCCACCAAGCCCAGCCGGGCCUGGGUUUUGUACAUGAUCAGAGAGGAGAAUGUCUGUUUUUUUAACUCAAUCUGUAACCAGUUCUUAUAGCAACCAGGAAAUAAACCAAUGCCUUUUCUUCA